AUGAGAACACGCCAUAUAUACAGGUAUUUGUAUUUAUACUUAAUAUUGACUUAUAUACAAAAUUUUAUAUGUUCAAUUGAUCCCUUAACUCCAACUACACCAACCAGUGGAGAAAACGAGACUAAAUCUAGUACUUCCGAUCCUUCCAGACAGAGUGGUCAUGGUGUAUUUACUUUUGUAGAUGAUUCAGAAGAUUCUGAAACUACACAGGUUGCCCAAGAAGCAACUGAAUCAUCAACUACUGUAGAAUAUUCUCAAAAAAGUCUAUCAGAGGAUACAUCUCAAGAUUCUCAAGAUAAUAGUCAUCCAGAGCCCUCACAACCCGAAGUUAGUAAACAUCCUAUUUCUUUGGACAUUUCCCAAAGUGAUUCUGCAGAUGAGUACGAUUGUGAUAAAGACAAUGAUGUUGUUACGUACACUCCUAAAGAAGGAUAUGUACUUAACAAGAUAGUUAAAUCAUCCGGUAAAGGUUCUGGUGAUAUUUGGAGUCCAGACUCUGAAACCGAUUAUCCCACUAAAGUUGUCACAUUUUUAUCUGGUUCGGACGUUAUCAGCCUUACCAUAUAUUUAUCUGAUGAUAAAAUUAAACGUUUAUUUUAUUUUAAUGGAGCAUGGUCCCCUACAACGGAAGUGGUUUUAGAUGUUAAAAAGACUGAUAAUACAAAUGAAUAUGAUUGUGUUAAAGAUAACAAAAUUGCUACAUACACUCUUAAAGAUGGAUAUGUAUCCAAUAAGAUAAUUAAGUCAAGGACCCUUGGAUCAGAUGAAAUUGUUUGGGAAUCUGAAACUAGUUUCGCCACCAAAGUAGUAGCAUUUCCUUCUGGCUCAGACGUUAAUAACGUUACCAUAUAUUUAUAUGAUGGUGAAGUUCAACGAUUUAUUUAUUCUGAUAAAAAAUGGAUAGCCUCUACUGAAACUACCAUAGAUAUUAAAAAGACCGAAAGUACAGUUGACUAUGAGUGUGUUACAGAAAAUAACGUUGUUACGUACACUUCCAAAGGUAUUGUAGUUUUUGAUAAAAUAAUUAAAUCAUCCGGUAAAGGUUCUGGUGAUAUUUGGAGGGCAGAAGCUGAUUAUGCUACUAAAGUUGUCACAUGUUUAUCUGGUUCAGACGUUACUAACGUUUGCAUUCAUCUUCGCAAUGGUGAAAUUGUACGAUUAGUUAAUUCUGACAAAACAUGGAUACCUUCAACUGAAAUGGUCUUAGAUAUUAAAAAGACUGAUAGUACAAAUGAGUUUGUUUGUGUUAAGACACCCAGUCUUGUCACAUAUACUGCUAAAGAAGGAUUUGGAUUUAAUAAGAUCAAACAUGACAAUGAUGAUGUUUGGGAAGAUGAAGACGAAUAUUGUAUUAAAGUUGAGUGUAAGGUGAUCGUUAAAGACAUUAGUGAUGUUAUUAUUCACCAGUCCGAUGGUGAUAUCGAACGAUUUAUUUAUUCUGACAAAACAUGGAUACCUCCAACUGAAAUAGUUUUGGAUAUCAAAAAGACUGACAAAACAUAUCAUUAUAAUUGUGUUAAGACAGACAAUCUUGUCACAUAUACUGCUAAUGAAGGAUAUGGUUUCAAUAAAAUCAAACAUGAUAAAGAUUAUAUUUGGGAGUCUGGAGAAGAAUUCUGUACUAAGGUUGAAUGUAAAAUUGUUGGUUCGGAUAUUGCUGGUGUUACCAUACAUCUACCAGGUGGCGCAAUUGAACGAUUUAUUUAUUUUAAUGGUAGAUGGUCUGCUCCAACUGAAAUGGUUUUAGAUAUUAAAAAGACCCAAAGUACAGUUGGCUAUGAGUGUGUUAGUGGUAAUAACGUUGUUACAUAUACUGCCAAAAAAGAUUAUGGAUUCAUAAAGAUAACGCGUGAUAAAGAACUUGUUUGGGAAUAUGAUGAUUCUGAACAAUAUUGUGUUAAAGUUGAAUUGACUCCUGUCUCCAACUUUACUAAUUCUUCCAUUCAUCUCAAUAAUGGUGAAAUUGUAAAAUUAGUUUAUUCCGAUAAAAGAUGGGUAUCUUCUGCUGAAAUAGUUUUAGAUAUCAAAAAUACUGAUGGUACAAGUGAGUAUGACUGUAUCAGGGUAGACACUCUGAUUACAUAUACUCCUAAAAAUGGACACGAAUUUGGUAAAAUCAAGCACGGCAACCAUGAUAUUUGGGAAUCUGGUAAUGAAUAUCCCACUCUAGUGAGAUUAAAGGAAAAUGCUGAUAAAAAAUAUAUGGUUUUACUUUUUGGUUCCAAAAAAUAUCAGUUGCUUUAUUCAGAUGGCAAAAGUGAAGUUUGGUCUGAUAUAAGUUAUUAUAGACAUAAUAUCUCUAAUCUCAAAAUGUUCAAGCGCGAUCGUACCGAACUUGAUUCCAACACCUAUAAACUAGAGUUGAUCGAAUUAUUCUAUGUAUACAGAUACGAUGAUGAUGAUGAUUUCCAACCUUUGAAGGGAGUUUAUGUACACCUUGUUCGAAAUAAUUUGUAUAUAAUGAAUAAGGGUGGUAAAACAAAGAACUUAAAUGUACAACAACCAGACACUUCAGACAAACCAAAGCCAGAUCCUUCUAUUAAAUAUUAUAAACCCCUUAAAUUGGAUUUCGGAGGAUUGAUUGGCGAAACAGAUACUUAUGAAAUUGCAGGAUCAUUUGGUAUGAGUUCAUUUAACUCUUCAAAAAAUCAUGCCUUCACUAAAGUAUCAUAUAGUGGUAAAGUUGUAUGGGAAGCUAAAAAAUCCAAGCAGUACGCAAAAACUGUUAUUACGGACGGUAAUCAUGCAGCCAAAAUUCCAUACACCUUUUUCACCGUAGUAUUACUGGAUGAUACAAGGAUGAACUAUACUAAAUCAGGUAAUGAAUGGGUGAGAACAUUCGUUAAAUCGUCUUCGUCUGAUAGACAAGAACCUGCCACUCCUACUAAAGAAGCUUCACCUGAAUCUGGCAAAACUGAACCAACUGUUUCUGAGGUUUCUAAAGCCAAGACUGAAGACGAUGAUAAGGAAUCAUUUAAUCCAGAUGUUGUUAAAUUAUUCACCAUGGAUUCAUCUGAAAACCUGGUCGAACUUAGUAAAUCCAAAUAUCAAACGUCAAAGGAUCGUGACGAGUGCAUCUAUGAUUUAGAGAAAGAUGCCAAAUGUCAUUCAAUUAAGUAUCAAGACAAGACUGUAUGGGAGCUUGAGAGUGGUUCUCAAAAUUAUCCUUUGUACGUCACUUUAAGAGUAGAUCAGAAUAAAUUUGUUGUUACAUUUGAAGAUAAGUUUGUUACUUGUACACUUGAAGAUGGUGAAUGGAAAGGAAAAGUACAUAGCUUAAAACAAGGAGAGGCGCUUCCAGAAUCCAAAGAAAUGACUGAAGUAAAUACAACAGUCUUAGACCUUAACGAUCUCCAAAAUACUGAAACAUAUACUUAUAGUAAGACCGACAAUGUUCUUACAUUCACCCCUAAGAAUAGUGGUGUAUUUAGUGGAGUAAUAAGAACAACCGGUGAAAGCAAAGUUACCUGGACCGUUAUUUGGCAAAUACAGGGAUCUUUCGAACUUGCAAACAGCAUAUCAUUCGAAGAUUUUGGCAAGGGCAAACAAGUAUUGAUUUUAGAUACUAGAUCCGGUCAAAAGAUGUUAUACAAACCCAAUGAUGGUGGGUUCUGGAAAGAGGUUUCUGAGCAACCUCAAAACGCUUUUGAAACUACUGCAGCUUUACUUGCUGAAGAAGAUAAGGUUGAUAUGAUAGAAAUAGACAUUAAAGAUACUGAUGGAAAAGGUUAUGAUUAUUUAGAAGAAAACACAAAGAUAGAAAGACCAAGAGGGCCUAUUGCCCGUAAAUCUAGACCAACUAAGAGGCCAACUCGUUUGAAUAUAUUUAAAAAACCUAGAAGGAUAAAGAUAUAUCGCCCUGAAACCAACAAAUAUAAAAACUAUUCUGCUAAGGAGGGCAAAGGAAUUAGAAAAGUAAAGGAUUCUGAUGAUGCAGAAGAUGAAGAGGAGGAGGACGAUGAUGACGAUGACGAUGACGAAGAUGAAGACGAAGAUAAAGAAGAUUUAAACGAUGGUUUUAUCUGGUUCUCCCCUGUUCGCAGUCAGUAUGCCACUCAUGUAUCCUUUAAGGAUACAGUUAAUAGAUAUCUUGCAAUCCUACUUAAGACAGGCAAUCCCUUAAUCUAUAAUCAGUCAGAGGAUGACGAAGAUUGGAAAGAAAUAACUGCAGAGGUUAGAGGUGAUUUCUUCAAGCUGAGUUUAUUUCACAAAGAUGAAGAUAACAAGUAUAGAGUCUUUAAAUCUGAUCAGUAUACUCCAUCAUUGCUAAAUUUAUCUUAUGUAUUUACUUUUGAUAAAGAUGUUGAUUGCCAUAAAAUUAACUAUGAUGGGAAAACAGUGUGGAGUUACGAGGUUGAUAAAGAAUUUGGCUCACUAAAACAGGUACAUUUCGGACUUAUUACCCAGGAUUUGUUUAUUGUUAACGUUAAUGAUGUCAAGAAGGCAAUAGAUAAAGAAAAGGCAGUAGCGGGUCUAGAUGAUUCAACACAAACUGAAGAAGCUAAAGAAGAGACAGAAACUGAAAAAACUGAAGAUACUGAAGGAACUAAACAAAAACCCGAAACUGAACAAGUACAAGAACAAAAACAAGAAACUCCACAAAAAGAACCUGAAAAACAAUUAAAUUUUGUUCAACUUGAUUUAAGCAAAACCACUACGUCCAACCAUAUUAAAUACAGAAGGAAAAAUGAAUUUGCUACCUUUAGAGCUAAACCUGGUUGUUUAUUUAACAAAGUUAUAAAAUCAGCAUCCACUGGUUUUAGUAAAGAAGAAGUUUUUUGGGAGGCCCAAGAGGGAUCCGAAAAAUAUGUUAAAAUGGUUAGAAUGAAAUUAACAGAUAAUCAUUCUGCUUUCAUACUAAAUACCGGUGAACUCAUUCUAUUUCACAAGCCUGUUAAUAAAGAUUCAUGGGAAGACAUAACCCCAACAAGGAAUAAUUUUUCAGGCUUUAAGUUCUUGACAUUUGAUCAAGAUAUAUGUGAAUAUAAAGAACUAAAUUCUAGUGGUUAUACUCUGGGUCUGAAUGAAUUUUCAUAUGGUGUGUCUUUCAAUGUCCAGUGCCAUCUAAUUAAACACGAAAAUAAGCUAAUCUAUAAUUAUGAAACUGACCAAGAAUUUGGAACCCUGAAAGGUCUUUAUCUCGGUCUUGUCUCCAAUAAGUUCUUUCUUACUAACUUAGAAAAUGAUAACAAAACACUUGAUUUGACUAAGGAAGUUUCACCUCCAAAAUAUAAAAAGCAGAAAGCAACCGAGUUAAAACCUGAUAAAUCAGUCGAUCAAGCAUCUUCUGUUGAUAAUAUCGAAGUGGAAGAAUUGCCUGAACUAGAUUCAACUGUUAAUAUUCCCUCAGCUAGUCUAAUGACACUUAAUAUUGAAAGUUCUGAUAAUACUGCUAAGUACCAAUGCUCCGACAAUGGAAUUUAUAAAACCUUCACUGCACGUCACGGAAAUGGAUUUAACGAGGUUAAAAUUGGCACUAAAACCUUUUGGAAAUCCCACAAUAAUGACUAUGGCAUCAAAGUGAGGCUAAAAGAGUCUUCAACCCAUGAAAAAUAUGUCGUUAUACUUCUUGCUAGCAAAAACUAUUUAGUGUUUCAUUCCCCUUCUAAAGAUAAGCCUUUAAUAGAUUAUACUGACACUAAUCAUUCUUUUUAUGACAUAAAAUUGUUUAGCAAGGACUCAAAUUCCUCUGUCUAUAAGCAACUGGAUACGUUUACCUAUAACGUGUCUUUAUACCACUUAUCACUCGGAUAUUCACUUAAAGAGUCUGUAAAAUGUUAUCUUAUCAAAUUUGGUGAUAUUGUUGUCUACAAAUAUGAUGAUCAUCGAGAUUUCGGUUAUAUAAAGGGUGUUUAUCAUGAUAUUAUGAGAAGUAACCUGUAUAUCCUAAAUCGCGAUGAGCAAAUAAAGGUUUUAAGAGAAUUAGAUAGAGGAAAGACAGUUACCAUAGACAUGAACAAAACUGAAAGUACUGAUGAGUUUGAAUGCUUUAAAGAGAAGGAUCGUGUCAUAUUCACUCCAACAGGUACUGGUGUAUUCGACAAAUUAGUAAGAUCUUCAAGGUUGGGUGCAGAUGUAGUCAUUUGGAGAGCUAAUGACGUUCAAGAAUAUUCUAAAAAAAUUGUAAUAAUAGAUGUUCAAACUAGGAAAGGAAAAACUAAGAAUGUUGCUUUGUAUUUGUGCAGUGGUGACAUUAAACAUCUGGCCUAUUCUGAUGGCAAGUGGAUUGAAACUCCUAACAAAGUUAGUCUCUAUAUUAAAAAAACAAAUUCUACUGAUGAGUUUGAGUUUUCUAAGGAUAAAGAGUUUAAAACUUUCCAGGCGAGACAUGUUUAUCUUUUCAACAAAAUAGUAGAUUCAGCUUCUUCAGACCCUUCACAAGAAGUUGUUUUUGAACCGCCUAAUCCCGCUUAUUACUCAACCAAAGUAGUAUUUAAGGAUUCCCCUAACAAGCAAUACUUGGCCCUGUUACGUACAGACGAUAACUUCCUACUGUUAAAUAAGCCUGACAGAGAUAAGCCCUGGCAAGAUGUUACUCUUAAUAGGCUAAAUUUAUCAGAUCUAAAGAUGUUCUAUUACGAUGUCGAUACUUCAGGAUAUAGAUUAUUAAAGGAUAAUCAAUAUUCUAAAUCUCUGGUGAAUUUUUUCUAUUGGUAUGAAUUUAACCUUUUGGCAAACUGUCAUCUUAUAAAGUUUAAAAGCUAUAUUGUCUGGAAUCACGAUUCUGACCCUAAUUUUCAAUUUUUAAAAGGAGUUUGUCUAGAUCUGUAUAAUAACCAUCUCUUUGUCGUGAACAAUAAUGAUGUAUCAAAGAAAAUUACUCCGCCAAAUUCAACCACUCCACCCGAUCUCGUUGAUUAUGAGGAAGAAGAUUCAACUACUCCAGAUACUUCUACAGAAAAACAGACUCCUGAAUCACUUAAAUCCAGUGAAUCUACAGAAUCUUCAGAACAACCAUCUACACAGCAUACAUUAGUAGAACUUGACCUUACCAAAACCGAGACCACAAGAGAUUAUGAAUAUGAAAAGAAAGAUGAUAAUUAUGUAUUUACAGCUAAAUCCGGGGUCAGGUUUUCGAAAGUUAAAAAAGGUGAACAUGACCUUAAAGAAUCCCUUAGGCCUUCUUCACCCAAGGUUGUGGCAAAUUAUGGACAGGCUGGAAAAAUUAUGUUAUACGUAUAUUCUAACGAUAAAGACUUCGAACUCCAUAUUGUCAAUGAUCCAGAGCCAUCGUCUCACGAUAUUACGGCACUACCAUCAGGUUCCGUAACCGUACAGUCACAAUCUUCUGUCUUUUCUGAGCACCUUAAGCUUUUAGCUUUAGGUGAUGAUGGCAAAUCUAUGGAGCUGGAUGAUAGUAAAUUAAAGGUUGAAGAUCUGACACACCUGGUGAACUAUACGUUUGAACCUGAUACGAAAUGUUCCGAAAUUAAAUACAACAAUAAAACUGUGUGGGAAUAUGAUAAAUCCAGACACGGAAGGUAUUACCCUUCUAAUAUCCUCUUAAACACCAGUACGAAUUUUCUUUUGCUGGAGUCUCAAGGUCAUUAUCAAUAUUACUUCACCUAUUAUAAUGAUGAGUGGAGAUGUAUCUCUGGUUACAAAACUCAGGAUUUGCAGCCACUUUAUCCAGAUAAACUGAGAAUCUUCACACUGAAUAAGUUCGGAACACCAGUCAUGGAUGAUGCCACUAAUUUUGAUAAAUCUUCGGAAGGCCCAUUAACAACACUCAAGUUUAAGCCGGAAUCCAGAUGUAUAGAUGUCAAAUAUGAGGGUGAUUCAAUAUGGUCUUAUAAUUAUAAAGAACAUGAAGAUAAUUAUCCCACAUCACUCUCUGUUAACACUGACGAAAAGGUUGUCAUUGUGGACUGUGCUGGAAUAUAUCGUCACGGACUGUCCUUUUCCGCUGGUAAGUUUACUCCAUUCUUUUCUUAUAAAUCAAAUUUGACCGAACCAAUUGAUCCCGCAAAACUAAAAAUGUCAACAACUGAUUCUAAUGGUAACACCGUUGAGCUUGAGGAGUCAAAAUAUCUUAUCGAGCAACCAGACACUGUAUAUAAAUUUAACCCUGGUGUUAAGUGUACCUGUGUCAAGUAUGGUGAAACUGAAGUUUGGAAACAUAGUGAAAGUGACCAUAAGGAUAAGUUUCCAACCUCAAUUUCCUUCAACAAUCUGAUCCGAAAAUAUUUAGUUGUUGAGUCUUCAGGUGAUUACCGUAACUUGUUAGAAUUUGAAAAUAAUGUGUGGAAACCAUUGGGUGCGAAUGAUAAAUUAAAGUCCCAGUACAGUAUUUACGAUAAAUUUGAUGCUGACAAACUAACAUUUUUCACCAUAGAAACUAAAGAAACUUCAGAUGGUACAGUCACUUCCGAGUUGGUUCAGAUUGAUUAUACCAAGUAUACCAGAGAAAAUCCAUCUUUUGCUAGCUACAAAUUCAAGUCCGGUUCCCUGUGUACUGAGAUAACAUAUGAUUCAGUUCCAGUUUGGAAAUACAAUGAAAAUGAACAUGGAGAUGAGUUUCCCACAACAGUCCUGUUAAAUAUAAAAAAGAGUUACAUCGUUGUAGAAUCUUCAUAUCUCUACCGUUAUGUAUAUUCAUAUUAUGAUAAGAAAUGGAAAGAAUUGCCGUUCGGUUUUAAAACAUCAAACGUUUCCUUUGAUAAGUUCAAACUUUUAACUCAAGAUCCCAAAGAUUAUAAGAAACUUGUUGAACUUGAUUCCAGUCAAUACGAUAUUGAGUAUUCUCCCAAUGUUCUAGCCAUAAAAUUCAACACGAACGUCAAGUGUACUUCCAUACAAUAUGAAGAUAGCUUUCCAUGGACCUAUAACAGGAAUGAGCAUGCCCACCGAUAUCCAACAGCUGUUAUUUUUAAUAAAUCAAAGAGUUUUCUCAUGGUCGAGUCCUCUCAUUACUACCGUUAUUUAUACGUCUAUCAAAAUAAGGAGUGGAAACCUUUACCUUAUGGUUACACCUUAAAAUCCCAUUCUUCCUCAGCAAUUACCUAUGAUAUAUGCAAAGUGAAACUCUUUACCUAUGAUAAAUUUAAUAAUAACAAACGUGUUGAGAUGACUAAAGCUCAUUAUGACAAGGAAGAGUCAGAUACUUUAGUUAGAUACAAUAUGAACUAUUUAACAAACUGUACUUGCUUGAUGUAUGAUGAUAAGGUAGUAUGGGAACACUAUGAUAGUGAACAUGGAGAUAAGUAUCCGACAACUAUUUCUCUGGUUAAAAAGAAAAAUUAUCUCGUCGUAGAGUCUGGGUAUGACUAUCGUUACAUGUUUGAAUUUGAAAACGGAGAGUGGAAGUUGUUGCCUUUCAGCUAUAAAUUGAAAAGAAAAGUUGAUGCUGUCGAAAUUGAUAAAUUCAAACUAUAUUCUUCCGAUCCUUCCGAUCCCGAUCAACUUGUUGAACUUAAAACAACUGAGUAUGAGAAAAAGGACUCCUACAACUCACUAGUAUUCACAAUUAAAGAAAAUGUAAAAUGCACUUUCGUAAAGUAUGAUAAUACUGAUGCUUGGGUUCAUGAUAGUAUUGAACAUGCAGAGUUCUAUCCAACCAGAGUUGUUUUUACCAAAAACAAGAACUUUCUUCUCGUUGAAUCUGGAUACAACUAUCGUUACUUGUAUACCUUUCACAAGGGCAAGUGGAAACAAAUGCCGUUUGGCAACAAAUUGAAGACUACUAAGGCCUAUAAGUUUGAUGCUAAUAAAUUAAAGCUUUUCUCUCUAGAUCUUAGCACUAGACCGUACGAACUCGACUACUCUAAGUUUAGAAGGGGGGAAGCUGGGCAUAUUCUUACACAUAAUUUGAAACCUGGUGUGAAAUGUGCUGAAGUCAGGUAUGAUAACAUUUCGGCGUGGAAACAUGAAGAGGAUGAGUAUGGAUCGAAUUAUCCGACGACUAUUAUUUUUAAUAGAAACAAUGGUUUCCUAAUUGUCGAGUCCAAAGAUAAUUAUGAAUCAUACCACUCAUAUUAUGACAAUAAGUGGCACUCAGUAUAUGGAUAUAAAGCAUCCAAGCUGACUAAAAACAAGGAAUUCUAUAGAUUAAAGCUCUAUGAGACAAAUGAAGAUGGACUAUCACAGCCUAUCACUGGCUUUCAUGAAGAAAUUAUUGGUCCAGUUAUUACCUGUAACAUAUUCUACGGAGUUAAAUGUACUCAAGUAAAAUACGACGAGCUAUCUGUGUGGAGUUAUGACUCAGAUAAAAAUGGAAAUUAUUAUCCUACUUCCGUUGUCUUUAAUAUUGCCAAUAGUACUAUUAAGGUUGAAUGUGAAGAUCAGUACGUUCACUUUUCCUCGUUUGUUAAUGAAGAGUGGAAACCUUUCAGUGGCUUCAGAAGCAAAAAAACUACUGGCCCCUCUGCUGUUAAACUUUUCAAAACAGGUUCAUCUGGUAAUUAUGUACUUAUUAAUUCAACUAAGUACAACGUAAAUUGGGACGGAGAAAAUCAAGUAUACGAGUAUGACCUCUCUGGUGUUUUCUGUACUUUGGUUAAACAUGACAAUAACCCUGUUUGGACUCAAAGAGCAACUGACAACCAACAUCCGAAGUCCCUUACCUACAACAGUGAUCAGAAGAAAUUUGUCCUAAGGUUUGAAAGAGAAUAUAUUUUCUGCUCAUUUGAAGACAAUGAGUGGAAGACAACGGUUCGUAGGUAUGGCACUCAGCUUAGUAAAAGUGAAGAACAAAAGGCUGAACAGGAGGAAGAGGAAUCUCAGGAAGCAGAUGAACCUACAGAUCCUGAAAAAGAAGAUAAAUCAGACAAAUCUUCCGAACAUUCCGCUCCUGAAUCCAAAUUCGAUAAAGCCUCUGAACAUUCUGAUGAUAGAUCCAGUGAUUCACAGUCAAUCACUUCAGCAGGAAGCACAGAACAAGAAAAGGGGAAACUGACAUCCAAGGUCAAGAAAGCAUUUUCUACAGGCAAAAAAGAAGAAAAGAAACAUUCUGGAAAAACAACGGAAACCUCUGAAGAACCUAAAAAACAUUCUGAAAAAACAACUGGAUCACCUCAAGAACCUAAACAAACUUCCGAGCAACAUGACCAGUCUACUGAAGUUUCUGAACCAUCACAACCUUACAAAGUUAAAGGACAUAAAAUUCCAAUUACACUUGAUAUAUCCAAACUAAAGAGCACCAGUGAUUAUGAUUAUUCCUCUGAUGCAGAUUUAAAAAUAUUUUCUGCAAAGGAUACUCAUGCCUUUAACAAGGUACAAGAUUCCGAAACUGUAAUUUGGGAAGCCAAAGAUCCCACUGAAUAUUCACUUGGAGUUGCUUUAAAGGAACCUACCGAGAACGAAAAAGACAGAUAUUUGUCAAUGAUAGACAGUAAUGCUAAUUUGUCGAUUUUCCAUAAACCAGACGAGAAUAAACCUUGGGAAGAUCUUUCCUCAACCAGGCAUAAGAUUUCAGAUGUGAAGUUGUUGAAAGAAGAUGAUAGUGAAUUUGAAGAUUCUGAUUAUCAGUUGUUUUUGAGUUAUUUUUCACUUGGCUAUGAAUUUGUUGAUGAUGCCGAGUGUAGCAAAAUUGAAUAUAAUAAUGAAAUAAUCUACAAUUAUAAAGAUGAUACAGCGCCUGGAUAUCCAAAGGUAUUAUAUCUAGAGCUGACCAAGAAUAAUUUUUACCUCUCAUUUGCAAAUAAUAAAAUCAAGAAAUUAAAUGUUAAGCAACCAAAGAAGGCGCAAUCGCCUUCAAAACCCAAAGAAGCAAAAACAGCCGAACCUGGUCCAAGUGCAACAUCCCCUCCGGAUUCUACCACCUCUUCUGAGUCCAAACCGAAAGAUACACAAUCUGAGGAUUCUCAACUUCGUGGGUCCACUCAAGAACUUAUGGAAUAG